AUGGCAUCUGAAGAAACCUCCCUCAGGGCAUUGGAAAGUCUGAUGACAGAGUUUUUUCAUGACUGUACAACCAAUGAGAGAAAACGUGAGAUAGAGGAGCUUCUUAAUAACUUUGCCCAGCAAGUAGGAGCCUGGAGAUUCUGCCUGUACUUUCUCUCCAGCACUAGGAAUGACUAUGUAAUGAUGUACAGUUUGACGGUUUUUGAGAAUCUGAUCAAUAAAAUGUGGCUUGGGGUCCCAUCUCAGGAUAAGAUGGAAAUCCGUAGCUGCCUACCCAAACUCCUUUUGGCUCACCACAAAACCUUACCUUACUUUGUCCGGAACAAGCUCUGCAAAGUUAUUGUUGAUAUUGGCCGUCAGGAUUGGCCCAUGUUCUAUCAUGACUUUUUUACCAACAUUUUACAGUUGAUCCAGUCCCCUGUGACAACCCCCCUUGGACUGAUCAUGUUGAAAACAACAUCAGAAGAGCUGGCUUGUCCCCGUGAGGACCUCAGUGUGGCUCGGAAGGAGGAGCUGCGGAAGCUGCUGCUGGAACAGGUGCAGGCAGUGCUUGGCCUCCUGACAGGUAUCUUGGAGUCUGUCUGGGACAAACACAGCGUUACUGCUGCCACCCCGCCACCAUCCCCAACCUCAGGAGAAAGUGGUGACUUACUGAGUAACCUGUUGCAGAGUCCUAGUUCAGCCAAACUGUUGAAUCAGCCAAUCCCCAUUCUUGAUGUGGAGAGUGAGUAUAUCUGUUCCCUGGCCUUGGAGUGCCUGGCCCAUCUCUUCAGUUGGAUUCCUCUAUCUGCCAGCAUCACCCCAUCCCUCCUUACUACCAUCUUCCACUUUGCGCGCUUUGGCUGUGACAUCCGAGCCAGAAAGAUGGCAUCAGUUAAUGGCAGCAGUCAGAACUGUGUGUUGGGUCAGGAACGCGGCCGGCUUGGGGUCCUGGCCAUGUCCUGCAUCAAUGAACUCAUGUCCAAGAACUGUGUGCCUAUGGAAUUUGAGGAGUACUUACUGCGCAUGUUCCAGCAGACUUUCUACCUCCUGCAGAAAAUCACCAAGGAUAACAAUGCCCACACGGUCAAGAGCAGGCUAGAAGAACUUGAUGAGAGCUACAUCGAGAAGUUUACUGACUUUCUGCGGCUCUUUGUGAGUGUUCACUUAAGAAGAAUUGAGUCCUACUCCCAGUUCCCCGUGGUGGAAUUUUUGACACUUUUGUUUAAGUACACAUUUCAUCAGCCUACGCAUGAAGGUUACUUCUCUUGCUUGGACAUCUGGACGCUGUUUUUGGACUAUCUGACAAGUAAAAUUAAAAGUCGUCUGGGAGACAAGGAAGCAGUUCUCAACAGGUACGAAGACGCCCUAGUCCUCUUGCUCUCGGAGGUGUUGAAUCGAAUCCAGUUCACAUACAACCAGGCCCAGCUGGAGGAGUUGGAUGACGAGACUCUGGAUGACGAUCAGCAGACAGAGUGGCAGCGGUACUUACGCCAGAGCUUGGAGGUAGUGGCCAAAGUGAUGGAGCUCCUUCCCACACACGCCUUCUCGACACUGUUCCCAGUUCUUCAGGACAAUUUAGACGUUUAUCUGGGGUUACAGCAGUUUAUAGUUACUUCAGGGUCAGGACACAGGCUGAACAUCACAGCGGAGAACGACUGCCGGCGCCUGCACUGCUCCCUCAGAGACCUGAGCUCCCUGCUGCAGGCUGUGGGCCGCCUAGCCGAGUACUUCACUGGAGACAUGUUUGCUGCGCGCUUCAGCGAUGCCCUCACGGUCGUGGAGAGGUUGGUCAAAGUCACUCUGUAUGGAUCUCAGAUAAAACUGUACAACAUUGAAACUGCUGUGCCAUCGGUAUUGAAACCUGAUCUCAUUGAUGUGCAUGCCCAGUCCCUGGCCGCCCUGCAGGCGUACUCCCACUGGCUAGCACAGUAUUGCAGUGAAGCCCAUCGGCAGAACACCCAGCAGUUUGUCACGCUCAUCUCCACUACCAUGGAUGCAGUCACACCUCUAAUCAGCACCAAGGUCCAAGACAAGCUGCUGCUAUCUGCGUGCCACCUGCUGGUUUCCCUGGCCACCACUGUGCGGCCCAUCUUUCUGAUCAGCAUCCCUUCAGUGCAGAAAGUGUUCAACAGAAUCACUGAUGCCUCUGCUGAGCGACUUGUCGACAAGGCUCAGGUGUUGGUGUGCCGAGCCCUCUCCAACAUCCUGCUGCUUCCGUGCCCAAACCUCUCGGAGAGUGAGCAGCAGUGGCCCAUGCGCUCCAUGAACCAUGCCAACCUCAUCUUUGCACUCUCCCGGGACUAUCGCAGCCUGAAACCCAGUGCCGCCGCCUCUCAGAGGAAGAUGCCCCUGGAUGACACCAAAGUGAUUAUCCACCAGACACUUAGUGUCUUAGAAGAUAUCGUGGAGAGUAUCUCCGGGGAAUCCACCAAGUCCCGGCAGAUCUGCUACCAGUCACUGCAGGAAUCCGUUCAGGUCUCCCUGGCCCUCUUUCCAGCUUUCAUCCAUCAGUCAGAUGUGACUGAUGAGAUGCUGAGCUUUUUCCUCACUUUGUUUCGAGGCCUUAGAGUACAGAUGGGUGUGCCUUUCACUGAACAGAUCAUACAGACUUUCCUCAAUAUGUUUACCAGAGAACAACUAGCCGAGAGCAUCCUCCACGAAGGCAGCACCGGCUGCCGGGUGGUGGAGAAGUUCCUGAAGAUCCUGCAGGUGGUGGUACAGGAGCCCGGCCAGGUGUUCAAGCCCUUCCUCCCCAGCAUCAUCUCCCUGAGCAUGGAGCAGGUGUAUCCCAUCAUCGCCGAGCGCCCCUCCCCUGACGUGAAGGCUGAGCUGUUUGAGCUCCUUUUCCGGACACUCCAUCACAACUGGAGGUACUUCUUCAAGUCCACUGUCCUGGCGAGUGUCCAGAGGGGGGCUGCCGAGGAGCAGAUGGAGAACGAGCCUCAGUUCAGUGCCAUCAUGCAGGCUUUUGGACAGUCCUUUCUGCAGCCUGACAUCCACCUAUUUAAACAAAACCUCUUCUACUUGGAGACACUCAACACCAAGCAGAAGCUGUACCACAAGAAGAUCUUCCGGACCACCAUGCUGUUCCAGUUCGUGAACGUGCUGCUGCAGGUGCUGGUGCACAAGUCCCACGACCUCCUGCAGGAGGAGAUCGCCAUCGCCAUCUACAACAUGGCCUCCGUGGACUUCGACGGCUUCUUCGCAGCCUUCCUCCCCGAGUUCCUGAGCGGCUGUGACGGCGUGGAUGCCAACCAGAAGAACGUGCUGGGGCGGAACUUCAAGAUGGAUCGGGACCUGCCCUCGUUCACCCAGAAUGUGCACAGGCUGGUCAACGACCUGCGCUACUACAGACUCUGCAACGACAGCCUGCCGCCCGGCACCGUGAAGCUCUAG